UACACAGAUGAAAGACGAAAUUGAAUGAUACGUGCUCGUGUUAUACAGCUAGUAACCUCCGGCCACGAAUUUCCAAUUUGCUCCGCAUUAUUUUUCUGUAGGCCGUUUAACCGACAUGAUUGCAAAGAGUAGCAACGUCAUGACACUUCGUAUAGGUAUUCCGGGUGACAGAAAGCGGAUAAUGUGAUAGUUUCACGGGGACGGUAGCCAGGCUAGUUUGCUCUCACCAAGUUAGUUAGCACUAGCGUAGGCAAAGCUACACUAAAAACGGUUGCUAAGCUACAUAGCCGGGCUGCAGGCGUCGCUUCGAAUGCCAUUUAUAUUUUAUGUGUGGCUACAACACUCCCACUGGCUUAAGGUGAAGAUGCUCGUCAUUCCUCGUUUGUGAAGACUAUACAAGCUAACGUUAGCUUGCCGGGCUUCAGCCUGACCAUGGCAGAUGAAAAUACUCAGUUUUGUGGCAAUUGCAAACACGACAUUCCAGAAGCAAAUUUUACUACCCAUGAGAUCCACUGUCGGAGAAACAUUGCACUGUGUGAUGUGUGCCAGGAACCGGUUCCACGCUCCGAUUUGCAGGAGCACAAGCAACAGGAGCAUAGCCAGAUUACCUGCAAAUGUGGACUCAAGAUUAAUAAAAAUCAAAUUGAAGUUCACCAGAGCACUGACUGCUCCCAGAGACUGGUGGCGUGCCAGUAUUGUGAACUCGAGAUUUCCUUCAGUCAAUCCAGAGAACAUGAGGAUUACUGUGGCGCUCGAACCGAGCCUUGUCCACAGUGUAAGUGCAAUAUCAUGCUGAGGGAAAAAGCCCUUCAUCCAAUGUUAUGUGGCAGUCCCACGCUGCUCCAAGAGAGAAACAACAGCUACUCAAGUCGCAAUCCGCCAGAUCUUCAGUGUCCGGGGGCCUGGUUUGAAGGCCAAUCCAUCCGAAACCCCCUAAGAAACGAAGAGCGCAGCCCUAAGGAAAACAACCUGUGUGCUGCAAAACAUCAGCCCUUUCCCCGCACUUUUGAGUCCACAUUUUCUAACAUUUCAAGGGGACCACAAAGCAGCAGCGACUGGAAGAAUAUCGCUCCGAGGAAUAUGACAUCCAGCCGAUUAUCUGAACAGAACGACUUCCUCAGUCGCAACACUGCAUGGCCACUUCAAGAUGAAGAUUCAUCAGGCCUCGACUACAUGCUGGCCCUUAGCCUGCAGACAGACGGAGAGUCCAUGGCUGGUGGUGGGGAGGCUAAUCUGUGGAGUGACAUCUGGGACAACACAAAGACAUCCAACAGUUCAGUUGACUGUUCGCUUUCCACAUCCAAUAACAACUACCCAAACUUUCCUUCUCGCACAAGUACCCUUGUGGACCGUGAUCAGACAGACAUCAUGCUUCCAUGUGAGUUUUGUGAAGAGCUGUUUCCAGAGGAGGACCUCAUUUUGCAUCAGACCGGCUGCAGCCCCGCGUCCGCUUUUGCGUCCUUCAGCAAGCAACCUCCGUCCCCUCCUAAAGAGCCCAGGAAUGCUUCGGGAAUGAUGCGCAGCCUCCCAAACACACUAGCCUCCAACAUCCCCACCUUCCCGGGAUCUGUCUCGCCAGCUUCUUACAGUCCCCCAGCUAGCCCUCUAGAGGGCGAUGUGGUGAUUCCGUGUGAAUUCUGUGGCGUUGCGCUGGAGGAGGCUGUUGUCUUUCAUCAUCAGGACAAAUGUGACAUGCGGCCACAAUCCGCCUUUGCACUUAACAACAUAACAAAAGCAUCUGUGAAAAAAACAUCUGCCAAGGAUGCCUUUGGAAGGACAUCUCCAGAAUUUCACAGGAGAAUAAAGCACCAAGGUGCCUUCUUGGAUGAAGAUCUGGGAUUGAGCGGAGACCCCUCAGCAGGACACAGCCAAAGGGAAUGGCAGAGAGGCUACAUUGGGCGCCCGAGUCAGAGAAAACCGUCCAACUAUGAGGUUAAUGCACAGAAUUCAGCUCAACACAGCAGAGAAUCAGAAGGGGCACUGUCUUCUUUCUUGGACUCUGACAGACCAGGGUCUGAUUAUCUAAAGGGACUACAUUCAACAGAUAACAAAGAAGGGCGAGGAAACAGAAGGAAUGUGUUAACAAAGCUCCCUAAGAAGCAGAACGAAGACCAGCAGGAGGAGUGAAAGCUGCAACGUUUGGCCAGAAAGAUUUGCUCUUUUUUUCCCCCCUCCAUGCUUUCAAAUCAUAACUAUAUCUAAUAAGUGCCUGUGUCAGCAGCCACACCACUUUACUUUAACAAUUUAAAGUUAUUUGAUUUGUCUAUGAAUAUUAUACUUUAAAAUGGUCUUAGCUGACAUUUGUUUUAUUUGUUGGAAACAUUUAUCAACAUCUCUCGUUUGAAUGUUUCUUCGUGUAUUCUUAACAACUCUUCCGUGUUUUUAUACUGUUGAAUAUUCUUUAGUACUUUAGCUAAUAUUUCAUGUGUUUCAUCAUAUUAUCAGAAAUUUGUCACUCCAAUUCAUUUUACAGUUAUCCUGUUUUAUUAUGUACAAUAAAUCUGUCAUAAUCAGCCAAACAAAGAAUAGAAAAAUAAGGUUUUAUAUCAAAGACAAGCAAUUACAGUAUAUUCAUGUGCCACAAAUGUCUGAAGAUCUGCAGCAAAUCAUUUGUUCAUGGAGAUGACCUAUUAUCAAUAUGAGAAAAGAGAAAGUGAAUGGUGACAUCUCCUGGCUUGGUGAUUGUUCAUGCAUGUGGAUGAUCAUUCUGUGUACUGCGAAGCUCUGUGACUGGGUGUUUUGUUACGUCAAUAAAUGUUCAUGGCUUCAAUAUGUGGUUUGAGUUACACCUUCUCAACAACUAGUGGUGUACCAUGAUUUAAAAUAAAUAAAUCACUCGUGGGAUGAAAGAUCAGCUCUAAAGCCAAAAAGUGGACAGCUGGUGUAAGGACUUAUUUCGAAAACAACCAGUUAAGUGUGCACAAACCAGUGCUUUAAAGAAGAAAACGUUCUGUGGCUGACAUCUGCCUUACUUGGGGUUAGGGGAAUGAAAUGAACUGUGCCAUGGGUGACGGAUUAAAACGCAAAAAUGCUUUUGACAUUUAACAGUUGUUGAAUAUGAUGACCGUGAUUGCCAAAAAAAUAAAGAAAAAAUGGGUGAGUGGAAAUAAAAGCUUAAAUGCCA